UGAGCGCGGCUGCUAGCUCCUUCACAAGCUACUCGAUCAGCUUAGCAGGGGCAACUGGGAACACCCAGUCAGAAUUAUAAGCCUGACAGGGCAGGCUCACUUGUUUCCUCGGCGGAAGCGUACGUGGAUCUAUCAACGAUGUCAAAGCAAAAGAUUGUGAUCAAGGCGACCAUGUCCAACGCCAAGAGCCGUGCCCAGGCCAUGGUGCUGGCCUCCAAAGCAAACGGGGUGGGAUCGGUAGGGAUCACCGGCGACCUCAAGGACCAGCUGGAGGUGGUCGGCGUGGGCAUCGACAUCGCCUGCCUGGUCAGGUGCCUGCGCAAGAAGCUCCGCUACGCCGAGAUCGUCAAGGUGGAGGAGGUGAAGGACAAGCCCGAGGAGGAGAAGAAGAAGCCCGACCCCGCCUGCACCUGCACGGGGCCGUGCCGGUGCGCUGCCGCCGGUUACUACCACGCGCCGCUGCCGCUGUAUCUCUGCGAGCAGGACCCGCCGCCAGGCAGCUGCCUCAUCUUGUGAACCUAGCAGCAGUAAGAUGGGCUCCGUCAUGCAUGCAUCUGUGUGAUUUGGGUUCUAUAAGAACCUUUUGAGGCAACAGCUUCUUCGUGUGUGCAGUGUGCUGUGUGCAUGUGCGCAAUCGUGGUUCUGGUUUGCUUUUGCUACCGCCAACCAUCGGUAGUGUCAUUAGAUCACACCACUACAAGGUAUUAAUAUCAUAUAAACCCCAAUAUGUGUGUAUGUUAUACGUGUAAAUAUAUGUAUAUGUGUUAUCUGUACGAGUAUGACUUAGUUGCAUUGGUUUAUGCAUCCCAUUGUGAACCUUA